GCCCGGAGCCUGCAGCGGAUGGAGCAAGCGACCAGGGGUCUUGAAAAGCAAUGGCCACAGAAGCCCCUGUGAACAGAGCCCCCGGUGAUCGCAACUCUGUUGUCCUCAGCACCACUGACAGUUACACUUGGCAUCAGAACUCACUAAAUAUGCACGUCAUCAGGCCCAAGUCUGCCAAGGGGCGAACUCGGCCAAGCCUGCACAGGCCCCCCAGCUCAGGGGUGUGUGCUCAGGGCUCCCCAUCUUCUCCACCCUCAGCUAUUCCCUGUGAGACAUCACCGAACAGCCAGAAGCCCAGAGCCUGCACCCCGAAGUCUCUGCCCCAGGGAACUCCUGAUGAAAUCCCUGAGCUGCUGCAGCAGCAGGUCCCUAUUGGGGCCGCCUCCUCCCUCAAUAAGUAUCCAGUCCUCCCAUCCAUCAACAGGAGGACCCCGGAGGAGGAGGAGGAGGAGGUGGUGGAAACCAUAGCCAAGAAGGCAGGGUCACUGCAACUGGGCAGCCCCUGGGCUCUCUACCACGAGGAGCCUCAUACCCUGAAGACCAGUGAGGGAGACCUCAGGGCUCAAGGAAGUUGUUCCCUGGAAGGGAAAUCUGUGCCUCGGUCCCAGAAACAAACUGGGGACAUGGAGGAACCAUCUGAUCUCGAGCCCAGGCUGCUGCUUGCCAUCCGAUCACCAUCUGGCCGAAGGUUCGUGCGUCACUUCCGGCCCACCGAUAACUUGCAGACGGUGCUGGCUGUGGCCGAACACAGGAACGGGACCACCUACCAACACUGCAGCAUCGAGACCCUAGAGGUGCCCAGGAGGCGCUUCUUUGACCUCACCAAGUCCCUGCAAGAGUGCAGAAUCCUCCACAAGUCGGUGCUCGGCAUCUCGCAGCAGCACAGGGAGGGGUGGCCCUGAGUCCUCCGCCCGUACACGGCAUCCUGGGUCUCUGAGGAGAGGAUGUCCUGGGGCCCCAUGGCCUCGCCAAGCAGCUGAGUUGCAAGUGCCACUUGAACCAGGUGCUGCUGUGGUUCAUGGGACUGCCCCCUUCAGAGCUCCUGGUUGAAGCAUCGACAUUUCUCACAUCCUCUCCCUGGGGGCAGGGGUGCAGGUCUCUCCUCUGCUGCAGUG